CUGAGGUUGAUUCAGAUGAGGCAGCAACAGCAUCAGCCAGCGACCAGCACGCGCCCAAAUGCACAACUACAUGCGCACCGGGCACCAGCAUCGCUGUUUAAAAUGCCAAUUCUUCAGUUCGGACUUCGGCCUGGUCACUUGCGAAUUGUUGCGGGAAAGAGAGACCCGGAGCAGGAACUUGAAGCGCAACAAUGGAUUGAAGCAAUUACUGGAGAGCGUUUUCCCCCAGGAGUGCCAUACGAACUAGCCUUACGAGAUGGAAUUAUUCUUUGCAAAUUAAUGAAUAAUUUGUUGCCUGGCUCUGUCCCAAAAAUCAAUUAUACUGGUGGGGAUUACAAAUUUAUGGACAACAUUAACCAAUUUCAGAAAGCUUGCAUAAGGUAUGGGGUCCCAGACGUAGACCUGUUUCAAACAGUCGAUCUUUUUGAACAGAAAAACAUUGCACAUGUAACCAUGACAAUCUUUGCUAUUGGAAGAACGGCAUAUAAGCAUCCUGAAUGGAAAGGCCCCUGGUUGGGCCCAAGGCCGUCAGAGGAGAACAAAAGAGAAUGGAGUGAGGAACAGCUCCGUGCGGGAGAGGGUGUAAUCGGUCUCCAGGCCGGACAAAAUAAGGGUGCCACUCAAGCCGGUCAAAACUUUGGUGCCACUCGCAAAAUCUUACUUGGAAAAUAGAUUUUAAAUGUUUACUUUUAUAAUUUGUUCUUUAACAUCCUCUUCACUUAUGACAAUUGUCCAAACAUGAAAUAAAAACAAAAGCAAAAUAUAUAU